AUGAGCCCGACAGAGAGAAAAGAGGUCGCCGAGCAGGAGAAGCAGUUCGUGGCGCAUUUCUCUGAGCAGCACGACCCUCUGCCGCCGGAAGAAGUGUCGCAAGCCCCUAGGAACAAGGAGCUAGGGCGCAGCUCGAGGGCUUUGACCGUCCAUGAUUUCGAGCUCGUGAGGACGCUGGGAACGGGAACAUUUGCGCGGGUGUGGCUUGUCAGACUGGCUGAUCCGGCGCCAGAGGACCGGGACAAGGUAUUCGCGUUGAAAGUCUUGCGGAAAGUUGAAGUAAUCAAGCUGAAGCAGGUUGAUCAUGUUAACCAUGAGCGACAAGUUCUUGCGGAUGUUGCUGGGCACCCUUUUAUCACCACGUUAAUUACCUCUUUCUCCGACCACGAUUCUUUGUAUAUGCUUCUUGAUUACUGCCCUGGCGGCGAAGUAUUCUCCUACCUCCGCAAAGCCAAACGAUUCGACGAAAACACCGCACGCUUCUACGCCGCCGAAAUUGUUUGCAUCCUCGAAUUUCUCCACGAACGCGAAGGCGUUGCGUACCGAGAUCUCAAACCCGAAAACCUCUUGCUAGAUGCAGAAGGACAUAUCAAAUUAGUAGACUUCGGAUUUGCGAAACGGCUUGGAAACAGUAAGCCUCAGUACACACUUUGCGGUACACCUGAGUAUCUUGCCCCUGAAGUCAUCCAAUCCAAGGGCCAUACUACAGCUGUCGAUUGGUGGGCGUUAGGUAUCUUGAUAUACGAGUUUCUAACAGGAUAUCCUCCUUUCUGGAACCAAAAUCCCAUUGAGAUAUAUAAACAAAUCGUCUCCAAACCAGUCCACUUUCCAAACGAACCAGCCAUCUCCGAACCGGCUAAAGACAUCAUUCGCCAAUUCUGCACAGUGGACCGCUCGAAGCGAUUAGGCAACAUCUCGGGCGGUGCACAGCGCGUCAAAGACCACCCAUUCUUCCAAGGUGUGAAUUGGGAGGAUUGUUAUUACAGGAAAUAUCGAGGCCCGAUAAUCCCUCCUAUAAGGUAUCCGGGGGAUGCGCAGUGCUUUGAUAUGUAUCCUGAUGAGAAGGAGGGACGGGAGCAUUACUCGGAUGACUUGAAGAGGAAGUGGGAUGACCAUUUCAAGGAUUUCUAG